GUCCAUCGCCCUUGCUGCACCAGCAGGCGCUCUACCCGACCCAACCCUUCUCUUUCUCUUCGGGUCAGGCGCCGUGUUGCUCCGAGGCGCCGGCUGCACCAUCAACGACCUGCUGGACCAGGACUUUGAUGCCAAGGUGGCUCGUACCAGGUCCCGGCCUCUGCCCUCCGGUGCUGUUACUCCCUUGGGAGCAACAGCUUUCUUAGGGUUUCAGCUGCUGCUGGGCCUGGGUGUACUCGUGCAGCUGAAUACCUACAGUCAAGUGCUGGGAGUGGCAUCACUGCCCCUUGUCUUCUCCUACCCCCUCAUGAAGCGCUUUACUCACUGGCCUCAGGCCUAUCUCGGUCUUGUCUUCAACUGGGGUGCUCUCCUGGGCUGGGCGGCAGUGCAUGGCUCGCUGCACCUGCCAGCUGUGCUACCCCUCUACAUGGGCGGCAUCUGUUGGACGCUAGUGUAUGACACAAUCUAUGCGCACCAGGACAAGGCGGAUGACAUCACUGCAGGCGUCAAGUCCACAGCGCUGCUCUUCGCUCAUCGCACGCCCCUCUACCUCUCCCUCUUCAGCGCAGCUGCCAUCACCAGCCUUGCUGCUGCCGGCUCUGCUGUCAACCUUGGCUCCCCAUUCUAUGCCUCGCUAGCAGCAGCAGCAGCACACAUGGCAUGGCAGAUAGCCUCUACAAAUUUCGACAGCCGGGAGGACUGCUACUCCAAGUUUGCUUCUAACUGGACUUUCGGUGCUCUGGUCUUUGCUGGUAUUGUGGCUGGCAAGCUCGUUGGUGUGUAG